AUGGAUUCCAACGGUCUGCUCCGGUGCAUGUGGCUGCUGCCCCAGCUGCCAAGCCACAGGCGUCGAGCCGUGUUAUCACUUAUUUCUAUUAACGAGACGGGGCGGGACGCUCGGGCCGCAGAAGCCACCGCCUCCCAAGAGCCGGCCGUGCGCUCCGCCCCGCAGCCCGCCGGCUCCCGCCGUCAGGAGGCGCUUGGAGGAGGCGACCGGAGGGGGGGAACCGCGGGGGAAGGCGUGGGCGCACUAUUGUCCCAGCCAGCAGAGAGACCCGACGAGAAGACUGGAAGCCUGUCAGAGUUUUGGUUAAUUUCUGCCCCUGGCGACGAGGAAAAUUUACAAGCUCUGGAGAGGAUGAACACUGUAACCUCCAAGUCCAACCUGUCUUACAAUACCAAAUUCACGAUUCCUGACUUCAAGGUGGGCACCUUGGAUUCCCCGGUUGGCCUCUCUGAUGAGUUGGGAAUCGACACCUUUGCUGAAAGCCUCAUAAAGAGGAUGGCCCAGAGUGUGGCAGAAGUCAUGGACGAUUCAAAGGGGAAGGUCCAGGAGAACCUUCUGACCAAUGGAGUUGAUUUGACAUCCUUUGUGACCCACUUUGAAUGGGACAUGGCCAAAUACCCCGCAAAGCAGCCGCUCGUGGGUGUGGUGGACACAGCGAAGCAACUGGCACAGAUUGAGACAGACCUGAAGACCCAGAUGGCCGCCUAUAACACUCUGAAGACAACCUUAGAGAACCUGGAGAAGAAGUCCAUGGGGAACCUAUUCACCCAGACAUUGAGUGACACUGUGAGCAAGGAAGACUUUGUGCUGGAUUCUGAAUAUCUCAUCACCCUCCUUGUCAUCGUCCCCAAACCAAGCUACACACAAUGGCAAAAAACCUACGAAUCUCUCUCAGACAUGGUAGUUCCUCGGUCAACUGAAUUGAUUGCUGAGGACAAUGAGGGUGGCCUCUUCACAGUGACUCUGUUUCGAAAAGUGAUUGACGAUUUCAAAAGCAAAGCCAAAGAAAACAAGUUCACUGUCCGUGAAUUUUACUAUGAUGAGAAUGAAAUUAAAAGGGAAAGGGAGGAGAUGACCCGACUGAUGUCUGAUAAGAAGCUGCAGUUUGGCCCCUUGCUGCGCUGGCUCAAGGUGAACUUCAGCGAAGCCUUCAUUGCCUGGAUCCACAUAAAGGCCCUGAGAGUAUUUGUGGAGUCCGUGCUCAGGUAUGGACUGCCAGUGAACUUUCAGGCAGUGCUCCUGAAGCCACAUAAGAAGUCAUCCGCCAAAUGUCUAAGGGAAGUUCUGAACUCUGUCUUUAGACACCUGGAUAAAGUGGCUACCAUCAGUAUACUGGAUGCAUCUGUGGAGAUCCCUGGAUUACAACUCAAUAACCAAGACUAUUUUCCUUACGUCUACUUCCGUAAUGACCUUAGUCUUCCUGACUAGAACGGUUAGGCUGGCACCACUUUCACUGCAGAUAAACACAGAUGCCUCUUUCCUUAGCCAGAGAAUAGUUUUAAUGUCCUACAGAAUUUAGAUUCUUCAGAGAAAUUGCUCACAAAAGUUAGUUACAGUUGUUAUUUUUUUUUUUUAAGUUACAAUAAAAUGCAUUCAAGUCCUUUGAAACAAAACAAAACAAAAAAAGUCUAGCACAUAGGUUGCUAGAUAGCUGUUCCAGCUAGGGAUGGACAUAGGGUAGCCACUUGCUUUGAGGUGUUUUUUCUGGCCCCCAAUUCAACCCAGGUGCCUUUCUGUCCUUGUUCCUUCCCACUUGGCUAUCAAGUCUCAUGGUGGCUGCUGCUUUGGUAUUUGUCCCUCUAGAUCUGAGCUGCCACUUUGCAAGGUGGGGCUGCCAGGCAGGAGCUGUAGCCUUUGGUACAGGCACUCCAGGUGGCCUAGGAAGGUCCUUGCUCUUCAAGCACCUAGACCUGCAAGUCCAAUGUAGAACUGGCCAUAUGUGCCUCUUUCAAAUUAAUUACAUUUAGGCUCAGCACCUAUAGCUCAGCGGCUAGGGUGCCAGCCACUUAUAACAGAACUGGUAGUUUUGAAACCCAGCCUGGGCCUGCCAAACAAUGACAACUACAACCAAAAAAUGGCCGGGCAUUGUGGCAGGUGUUGGUAGUCCCAGCUACUUGGUAGGCUGGGGCAAGAGAAUCAUUUAAGCCUGAGUUUGAGGUUUCUGUGAGAUGUGGCGCCACGGCACUCUACCAAGGGCGACAUAAGGAGACUCUGUCUCAAAAAAAAAAAUUAAUUACAUUUAAAUAAAAUUUAAAACUUAGUUCCCGAGGCCAGGUGCCUGCAGCUUACCGGCUAGGGUGCUGGCCACAUACACUGGAGCUGGCAGGUUCGAACCCGGACAGGGUCUGCCAAACAACAAUGGCAACUAAAACAACAACAAAAAUAGCCAGGCAUUGUGGCGGGCGCCUGUAGUCCCAGCUACUUGGGAGGUUGAGACAAGAGAAUCACUUAAGCCCAAGAGUUUGAGGUUGCUGUGAGCUGUGAUGCCAUGGCACUCUACCAGGGGUGACAUAGUAAAACUGUCUCCAAAAAAAUGGUGGUGCCUGUGGCUCAAAGGAAUAGGGCACCGGCCCCAUAUGCU